GUACCAUUGCGUUACGUUGCGACAGUCGUACUCAGUUGGUUAUUCACAUGUCGAAACGUUCUGGCUUAGGUGUGGUAUGUCAUAUUUGUUCAACUUUCUAGCUAAAAAUAAGAUCACUAGUGAAGAGUUAUCGAAACCUUUAAAAUUAUCAAAACCAUCUUUGGAUAGCGAUGAAGAAGAUUACAACGAUAAAGAUUGUUUUCGAUUGUAUGAAACAGAUCUAGAUGGUCAAGAAGCCACAACUUUAGAAUAUGAUGAUGAAGUUAAAAUUACACCAUUUAACAUGAAAGAAGAAUUGGAAGAAGAUGGACAUUUCGAUUCGACUGGCACUUUUAUUUUCAAAAAGCAAAUUGAUACUCGUGAUCAUUGGUUAGAAGAUAUUAAUUGGUUAGAAGUUAAAAAAUAUCAAGAACAAAAUACACUGAAAGAUACAUCAAUAAGUGAUGAACUAGGCGGUAAAGUGUUGAGUAAAGAAGAGAAACUUACAUUGUACAAAGAACUGUUAUCUUAUUUACAACCAUGUGAAACAGUUCUACGUAGCAUCAAACGUAUGGGCGCUUGUUCAGAUGUGAAAAAAUCUGCUUCAGCCAGUCAACGUUGGUUACAAAAGAGAAAACUGAAAACUGAAACUCAAACGUAAGUGUCAUAUAUGAUGAUGUAUAUUUGACUGUGUCAUAUGAUUUAUUUCUAAUGUCAAGUAUAAUUUGUUACACUUGUGUUUCAAAGUGUAAACAAGAAAUACUCUCCUCAACAAAGUUAAUAAUAUUUAAAUGGUGCCAUUGUAUUUCUUGUUAUUUAACAUGAUUUACUUCCUUAAGGCAUCAUAGGCCGCCAACUAGCAUUCUGGAGUGAGUGACCCGCAUGCCCAAACCCUCUUAUUUUUACCGGGUUUUGGAUUGGCAAUAACCCUAGAAGGGCUCCAG